UCAAAACUGGUACACAAAACGCUACAUCUACGUGGUAUUUUUCUUCUAUUUUCAAAUGUAAAUAUAGACAUAUAGGACAUACGUUUCAAAUAGAGUUGAUCGAGACAGAACGUACGUCUGUCUCUGUUAACUGAUAAAUGGAGACCUUUUUGCUCCCACAUAACUGUCCUAGCCUAACCCAGUCCACUGAGGAAGAUGACGUCACAGUCAAACAUUUCUGCAAUCCAACAUCAAGCUGUUACACUUACGGAUCUGAUUUGAGAGCUUCGGAAGCUUAGGUAUUCUUUUUGUCUUGUGUCAGAAGAGAAUGGUCAUUGAUUUUGAAGAAAGCAACAGGAUUGAAAGUAUUUGACGAUAACGUACCGUUGGUGAUAUAAUCAAUGGAAGAAGAGACGGUCUCACUUAUUGUAGAGGAUGAAGAAAUACUUGUUGACAAACAAGCAUUGAUGAAUCACAGCCAGUACUUCCGCGCCAUGUUCUCUUCGGGCAUGCGCGAAGCUACCCAGGAUUCCGUGGUGCUACAUGACGUCACGGUCAACGUCAUCAGAGAAUUGCUCGACUUCUUUCGAACAGGUCAGCUGACACUUGACCAGUCAACGACGCAGGAAAUCCUGACGACUGCAAUUUUCCUACAAAUGGAUGACGUCAUCAACCAUGCCAAGGUCAGUCUUACAGUUGAAAACGCCUCUGAAAUGUUUGCUGUGGCCGAAUUACACUUUCUACGUGACCUUGAAAAAGCCACUUUUCAAUAUCUCAGUAGAAACUAUCUGCAGCUGUUACAGUCUGAAACGUACGACAGGCUGACAGAAGAACAGCAAGAAUCUGUUCUGUCCCUCAGAUUUGGCGGGAAGGACACGAUAUGUACAAUCGGAUCGUACAACAAAGACGUCCAUCUGACAGAAGACACCCCUCGAAUCAUGCACCUGUUGGACGAGAAAAAUGGCGACUGGACGCCAUAUUGUGACGUCCCAUCAUCUUUUUCGACUAACGCAUGCGGGGUGGCCGUUUUACACAACUAUCUGUUCCUCACCGGCGGUUUUACGUCAUUCAAAAGCGACCAGAUGCAGAAAGCGUCCUUGUGUUUCGACGUGCUAACGAACAAGUGGACACCGUUCCCACCAAUGAUAGAACUGCGAGCUAACUUCGCCUUUGUAGGACUUGGAAACACUCUCUACGCUAUUGGCGGCAAUAAACUGCACGGAUCUUCUGGGACUGAGACUAAAGCCAUAAACUCGGUAGAAGCCUACGAUCUACGCAAAGGGUCGUGGAAAAAACUUGAACCUCUACCUACCGAUAUGAUACGACCAUGUGUAGCAGUUUGUAUGGAGAAGAUAUACAUAACGCUAUCAUUUGAUAAUGGCGAAAAACUCUACUCGCUGUUACAAUGUACUGGACAGUGGAGGCGAGUAAGCACUGUUAGGAAAAGUCGCUUUGUCUUUAGCAUGGCAGCCGUUGACGAUACACUCUACCUGAUUGGUGGGCGACCUGGAGAUUUUACAUGCUACAACGUAACCACCGGCCAAUGGUCGACCUUGUUUAAAACGUAUUCGGAGCAGUACUUAGAUGAUUGUGUGGCUCUUGGUGAUACAGUGUUUAUGGUGAGUUCGAACGCAACGCAGUGCUACAAUGUAAAGUCGCGACUAUGGGAUUGUUACAGGAUCCCUGGGUCUCCUAGCAACGGAUACAUGAGAACAAGGCUCAUCAACAUAUCUCAACGAAAUCUAGAAGUGGACGAUGAGCAAUGCUCUUAGGUAUCAUCAGAUCACUGUGAAAUGAGAUUAUGUUGAUCAUCAUCAUCAUCAUAAUCACGAGAAGCAUCCUUGUAAUUGUCCCUU